AACAUUCAUUCCAUCCUUGCCAUGUCCAUCUGCCACUCAAAGAGUCUCGAAGAGCUAAACAGCAAUUUCAGGUUGUAGCUCAAAGGCUUGGGCUGCAGUCCUGCUAUGGCCAUGGCUAUCUCCUCUGCUCUUCCUAGCUCUCUACUCAUGGCGGCGGCCGUAAUGCUGCUCAUCGUCCAAGCUCAGGGCAUCACUAGGCACUACGAAUUCAAUGUGCAAAUGGCGAACGCGACGAGGCUGUGCGCCACCAAGAGCAUGGUGACGGUGAACGGGCAGUGCCCCGGGCCGGAGCUGGUGGCGAGGGAGGGCGACCGCGUCGUCGUCCGCGUCACCAACAACGUCGCGCACAACAUCACGUUGCACUGGCACGGCAUCCGGCAGGUGCGGACCGGGUGGGCGGACGGGCCGGCGUACGUCACGCAGUGCCCGAUCCAGACGGGGCAGAGCUACGUGUAUAACUUCACCGUCACCGGGCAGCGCGGCACGCUGUGGUGGCACGCCCACAUCUCCUGGCUCCGCGCCACCGUCUACGGCGCCCUCGUCGUCCUCCCCAAGCUCGGCGUCCCCUACCCCUUCCCGGCGCCGUACAAGGAGGUCCCCGUCAUCUUCGGCGAGUGGUGGACGGCGGACACGGAGGAGGUGGUGAACCAGGCGGUCCAGACCGGCGCAGGGCCGAACGUCUCCGAUGCCUUCACCAUCAACGGCCUCCCCGGGCCGCUCUACAACUGCUCUGCCCAGGACACGUUCAAGCUGAAGGUGAAACCCAGGAAAACGUACAUGCUCCGCCUCAUCAACGCCGCGCUCAACGACGAGCUCUUCUUCUCCGUCGCCAACCACACGCUCACCGUCGUCGAGGUCGACGCCGUCUACGUGAAGCCGUUCACCGUGGAGACGCUGGUGAUCUCCCCGGGGCAGACGACCAACGUGCUCCUCGCCGCCAAGCCGUACUACCCAGGCGCCAACUUCUACAUGUCCGCGGCGCCCUACUCCACCGCCAGGCCGGGAACCUUCGACAACACGACCGUCGCCGGCAUCCUCGAGUACGAGAACCCCAUGUCGGCCUCGGCGGCGAGCUUCGUGAAGGGCCUGCCGCUGUUCAGGCCGACCCUGCCGCAGCUCAACGACACCGACUUCGUCACCAACUUCACGAACAAGCUCCGCAGCCUCGCGACGGCGCAGUACCCGGCGGCCGUGCCGCAGUCGGUGGACAGGCGGUUCUUCUUCACGGUGGGGCUGGGCACGCUGCCGUGCCCGGCGAACAUGACGUGCCAGGGGCCGAACGGCACGCAGAUGGCGGCGGCCAUGAACAACGUCUCCUUCGUGCUCCCGUCGAGGGCGCUCCUGCAGUCCCACUUCACCGGUCUCUCCACCGGCGUGUACGCCCCGGACUUCCCCGUCGCGCCGCUGUCGCCGUUCAACUACACGGGGACGCCGCCGAACAACACCAACGUGGCGACCGGGACCAAGCUGCUCGUGCUGCCGUACAACGCGUCGGUGGAGCUGGUGAUGCAAGACACGAGCAUCCUUGGCAUCGAGAGCCACCCGCUUCACCUGCACGGCUUCAACUUCUUCGUGGUCGGCCAAGGGUUCGGCAACUACGACGCCGUGAACGACCCGGCCAAGUUCAACCUCGUCGACCCCGUCGAGCGCAACACCGUCGGCGUGCCGGCCGGCGGAUGGGUGGCCAUUCGUUUCCUCGCUGACAACCCAGGUGUGUGGUUCAUGCACUGCCAUUUGGAGGUGCACACGACGUGGGGCCUGAGAAUGGCAUGGCUAGUGUUGGAUGGGAGCCAGCCGGACCAGAAGCUGCUUCCUCCGCCGUCCGAUCUGCCCAAAUGCUAGCCGGACGUUACCACAGAUGCCGUUGAUUCUUUUUCCUCAUUUGAUUUGUUCGCCAACUUGCGAUUGCUUUCUCCUGAAGGAGAUUUUAGUGUGUUAGCCCGCUCCUAGCUAGCUAACCUUGGACAUUUGUCUGUUCUUUUCUUUUUCUUUUUAUUUGUGUACAACUUUAUAAUGACACUGUUUUGAUGUUUUGUUGAAUAAAAAGAUGGGCAUGAAUUGCAUGA